AAAAAAAAUAACCGGAACGUCAGUCAUUUUUUCGACAUUCUGAUAUGAGUUUUAAUUUUUCGUUACCAAAAAUCAAUUCCGUGUUUUCUUUUACAAAGUUAGAUUUUAGUUAUUUAGUUUAUAUUUUUGUUUUACGAAGUGAAAAAUGCAGUCGGUGGUCACUUUUGAAAAGCCACUUCCUCAUUUGAGCUUAUCGGACUGGGAUGCCCGACUUUACGGCCUACAGGUAACAGCAGACACACGCAGAGCGGAUGCCUUCGACCUGCGAUAUUCUGCCCACCAACUUCGGAAUGAAACCAAAAUCAAGACUGAUUGGGACAGCUACCACAACAAUAACCGACUUCGAGCCAGGGUCUAUGAAAUAGAACAAUGGAAGUCAACAAUUCAAGAGCUUCUGGACCGCUUAGACCGGGAGAUGGCUUCCCUGAAAGAGGAGAAGGCGUCAACUGAACGAGAGUUGGAACAGUUGAACAUGCCUCUACUGGUUUGCUCUGAAUGCUUGUCCAACAGGGACGGCAGAAGAAGCUCGGAGUUGACUUACGAUCUGGCUGACACUGAGCUGAAGAAGGAACUUUGUGUAACAGAAAGCAACAAGAAAAUGUUGAUAGAUCGCUGCCAAUCGGCUUGGGAAAAGAUAAAUAAACUGGAAGUGGUCAAAUUCAAACUGCAGCUGGACCUUAAUGACAAGAACGAAGCGUUGCAGAUAGAUAAAGACAUGCUGAGCUUGGACAAAGACUGUGCGAAUAUUACUUAUAAAACUAACUCGUUGAAAACUCCACCAAGAAUGAUCACAAACGAGCAAUGGUAUGAAAAAUGCGAGGCCACUAAGAAAAUGGCGUUGGAUGAGCUCGCGGAUACUCUGCGUCUAAGGGAAGCCCUGUUCGUAGCCAGAGGACGGGCUAGGAACGCAUUGCGGGCUCAGACUGAUGUCACCAACUACAUGAUGAGAAGGAGGAUCUACGACACCCAGCGGGCGAGGAACGAGCUGCAGUGGCAGAAGAUGAAGAUGGAGGAAAACAUGGAUAAGUUGAACAACGAGAUAAAAACAAUGGGCGAGCAGUUCGCUGACAAGGUGAACGCUCUGAAGGUAGCUGAAACCAGGUUGGAAACAAGAGGGUACCGGCCUGGCAUAGAACUGGCUUCGGAUGAGGCCGACCUCGGUCUGAAAGAGGAGGUGAAGAAUCUGAGAGAGACCAUCAGGCAGCUGCAGGAUAAACUGGACUGUGCAAAAGCCACCUACAACGCUCUCGAGAGUACAUCAAUUCAGAUAGCAAUAGACUUGAACGACAAGGAGAACACCCUGGAAACCGACAUCCGAGCCUUGGAGAUGAGAGCUGCUUUGGAACCGAAACGUCCUCAGGGCACCGAUAAGAACUUAAUACUGGCCAGCAUGAAGGACGAAGUCCCGAAUGUUGAAAAUUAAAAAAAAAAAGCUUCCAUGGAUGAUAUAGCAACAGAAAUGUGGUUUUAAUUAAUGUUGUUUUCGCGUGAUUUGUGACAUUUAAUAUUGAAUUUGGUUUAUUAUUGAAUAAAUUCUUGUGCUCUUU